CCCGAGCCCCUGCUCGCUCUGUCCCCGGGUGCUCCCCCGGUGUUCCCCGGGUGUUCCCCCGGUGUCCCCCCGUGCGUGGUCUCCCUGGCCCGGUGCCCCUCAGAGCCCCUUGGUCCCCGCAGCCCCCGGUCUCCCGGUGCCCCCGAAGCACCCCCGGCCCUCCCGGUCCCUCCCAGCCCCGGUUCCCCACGGUUCCCCGUCCCCGCCGACCGAAGGCAGCGCGGAAAGCUCCGAGCGCGGCGGGGUCCUGCGGCCGGUGCAGCAGCCGGACGAAGCGGUGCCAUCGCGUCAGGUCGCGUAGCUCGAACCCCAGCAGCCGCCGCGCCAGCCCGGGGCCGGUACCGGAGGACUUGGGGGACUCGGUGGGGCUCGGCGGAGGCUCCGCCGCCUCCCCCCGCUCCGGCCGCCUCCGCCGCGCCGGGCCUGCCGGGGGUCACAGGUCAGGGGUCACAGGUCGGGGGUCCCCGGGGGUCCCCCGCCCCGCCCGCCACGCUCCGCACCCGCCGCCGCCGCCAUCGCCGCGGCCCCGCCCCGCCACCGCCCGCCGCACGUGACGGCAGCGGCAGCCAAUCAGCGGCGAGGAGAGGCGGGACAAGGAGGCCACACCCCAUUAAGCCCCGCCCCUUCACGCAUCAGACUCCGUCCCCGGGACCCCGAACCGGGACUCCCGGCCCCGCCCCAAACCCCCCGGCCCCGCCCCCUGGCUCUUCAGGACCCCGACCCCGCCCUAACCCCGCCCUGACCCCGCCGCGCCCCGGGCCCGCCCCCCGCCCGGCGCUGCCGCCGUUCCCGGAAGCCCCGGGCAGGCGGGGCGGGACCGGGGUCGCCGCGGGAGCGGAGCCGAGCGGGGCCGGACGGACCAUGGCGGGAAUCCCGGGGGGGUCCCCGGCGGACGUGGCGGCAGACGGCACGGGGGGCGAGGGGCGCGUGCGGGCACUGCAGCGGGAGGUGCAGGGCGUCACCACCAUCAUGACCCAGAACGUGGAGCGGAUCCUGGCGCGAGGAGAGAACCUGGAGCAGCUGCACAGCAAGAGCCAGGACCUGGAGGCCACGUCAGAGCACUUCCGCACAACGUCCCAGAAGAUGGCCCGGCGCUACUGGUGGAAGAACGUGAAGCUGCUCGUCAUCCUUGGCCUCGUGGGCGUCAUCGUCCUCAUCCUCAUCAUCCUCCUGGCCACCGGCACCAUCCCCACCUAGAGCCACUGUCCCCACGGGGACACGGCCACCCCAGGGCCCAAAUACAGAUGGGGGGGAGAGCCAG